AAAUAAUACAAUAAACUAAUAAAGAAAAGAAAAACCCUAAAUUUACAAAAACCCUAAAAUUUAGUCAUCCUUUCUCUCUCUCUACUCUACCCAGCCGUCCUUCUUCUUCUUCUACCUCUCUCCCUCUCGGCGUCUUCUCUUCACUCCGGUGGCAUAGCUUAAAGCAAUGGCUAUGGUGGAUUCAGCUCCUUCUCCUCCUUCUUCAACAAACACAAACCUAAGAGUGAGUCCCAAAACGGUAGAGAAGGCUGUAAAAGCUCUUCUGAAAUGGAAGAUUUCGAAAUCGGAUACACAAAAGCCUCAGCUUUUAGACGAAGACGAAUUCGUCUACCUUGUAUUGACAUUGAAGAAAAUCCCAGCCAAGGAGCGUGUCAAUGCUUACAAGGUCCCUCUAGCUCACUCCUUAUAUUCCGAAUCAGCUGAGCUCUGCCUCAUUAUCGAUGACAGCUCCAAAUCUGGUCUUACCAAAGACGACGCCAUGAAAAAGAUUAAGGCCGAAGGGAUUCCUGUGUCGAAAGUUAUAAAGCUUUCGAAGCUCAAAACAGAUUACAAAGCCUUUGAAUCAAAGCGCAAGCUUUGUGAUUCGUAUGACAUGUUUUUGGCCGAUAAACGUGUUGUUACUUUGUUGCCUAGACUUUUAGGGAAGCAAUUCUUCAAGAAGAAGAAGAUUCCUGUGCCUGUGGAUUUGAAGCACAAGAAUUGGAAAGAACAGAUUGAGAAGGCAUGUAGCUCUGCUUUGUUGUUCUUAAGGACCGGGACUUGUUGUGUUGUAAGGGUUGCAAAAUCUUCCAUGAGUUCUGAUGAUAUUGUGGAGAAUGUGGUUGCUGCCAUUAAUGGGAUUGUAGAGUUUGUGCCUAGGAAAUGGGGGAAUGUAAGGUCCUUCCAUUUGAAGCUGUUGGAGUCUGUUGCAUUGCCUGUGUAUCAGGCAUUGCCCGAUAUGAGGUUGAAGAUUGAGGGAGUUAAGGCUGAGAAGGUUGAGAAGGAAGAAGAAGGCGAUAAGAAGGUUGGUAAGGAGGAUAAAGUUGCGAAAAAGAAGGGUCGAAUUCAUGAAGUUCGGUAUAUGGAUGUUAAUGCUGAAGAGGAAGGCAUUUAUGAGGGUGAUGAUGUAGUUGAUAGUGAUGUGGAAUUAGGUGUUGAGAAUGAUGUAAUGGGCAGUGGUGAUUCGGGGAAGAAGAAGAGGAAGAAAGGAGAUGAAGCUAAGGAGGAUGAGGUUGUUGCAGAGAAGCCAUUGAAGAAAUCGACAAAGGCAAAAGAUGGAAUUGUGAAGAAGAUGAAGAAGAAGGCAGAUGAUUCAUCUAUCAAAGCGGUCGAAGAUGGAGAAAGAAAGGAGAAGAAGUUGAAGAAGAGUGGAGGAGAAACUAAGGUGAAAGCUAAUAAAAGAAAGUUAGUUGAGUAAAUUAAACAUAGAAAAGUUUUGAUCAAAUAGAGAUUAAAAUGCUUAUUGGGGCUUUCUGCAUUUUGAGUCCUUUUAGCAGAUUUUGAAUUUUGAGCUUGUUAUUGAAAAUUAUGAUCUUUUUGUUUUUGGUUUAUAAAGUAUUAGUGUACUACUUUGUCAUUAGAAUCUUAAUUAUAUUUCAAGACUCAAGUAUUAACAUUAUUAGUUCAUUUUCA